AUGAGGCUCCUUGUGGCUGCCCUCUUGCUAUCUUGGGCUGCUGCUCCCCCCGCCGCAGUACCUGUGGUACCCUGGCGUGUGCCCUGCCCUCCUCAGUGUGCCUGUCAGAUCCGGCCCUGGUACACACCCCGAUCAUCCUACCGCGAGGCCACCACUGUGGACUGCAAUGACCUCUUCCUGACGGUAGUUCCCCCAGGACUCCCUGCGGGCACACAGACCCUGCUCCUGCAGAGUAACAGCAUCAGCCGGAUAGACCAGACUGAACUUGCCUACUUGACCAACCUCACAGAGCUGGAUCUGUCCCAGAACAGCUUCUCAGACGCCCGAGACUGUGACUUCCAGGCCCUGCCUCAGCUGCUGAGCCUACAUCUAGAAGAGAACCAGCUAAGCCGGCUGGAGGAUCACAGCUUUGCUGGGCUGACCAGCCUGCAGGAACUCUAUCUGAACCAUAACCAGCUGUGCCGUAUCGCCCCCAGGGCCUUUGAAGGCCUUGGCAACCUGCUGCGACUGCACCUCAACUCUAACCUGCUUAGGACCAUCGACAGCCGCUGGUUCGAGAUGCUGCCCAGCUUGGAAAUCCUCAUGAUUGGUGGCAACAAGGUGGAUGCCAUCUUAGACAUGAACUUCCGACCCCUGGCCAACCUGCGCAGCCUGGUGCUGGCAGGCAUGAGCUUGCGGGAGAUCUCAGACUAUGCUCUGGAGGGACUGCGGAGCCUGGAGAGUCUCUCUUUCUAUGACAAUCAGCUGGCCCAGGUGCCCAAGCGGGCAUUGGAGCAGGUUCCUGGGCUCAAGUUCCUAGACCUGAACAAAAACCCACUGCAGCGGGUAGGGCCCGGAGACUUUGCCAACAUGCUGCACCUCAAGGAGCUAGGACUGAACAACAUGGAGGAGCUGGUCUCCAUCGACAAGUUCGCCUUGGUGAACCUUCCUGAGCUGACCAAGCUGGACAUCACCAAUAACCCACGGCUUUCUUUCAUCCAUCCCCGAGCCUUCCACCACCUGCCCCAGAUGGAGACCCUUAUGCUCAACAACAACGCUCUCAGUGCCUUGCACCAGCAGACAGUGGAGUCACUGCCCAACCUACAGGAGGUGGGGCUCCACGGCAACCCCAUCCGCUGCGACUGUGUCAUCCGCUGGGCCAAUGCCACGGGCACCCAUGUCCGUUUCAUCGAACCGCAGUCUACCCUGUGUGCUGAGCCUCCAGACCUCCAGCGCCGCCCAGUCCGGGAGGUGCCAUUCCGGGAGAUGACAGACCACUGCCUGCCCCUCAUCUCUCCCCGCAGCUUCCCCUCCAGCCUGCAGGUGGCCAGUGGAGAGAGCAUGGUACUUCACUGUCGGGCACUGGCUGAACCAGAGCCUGAAAUCUACUGGGUCACUCCAGCUGGAGUUCGACUGACACCUGCUCAUGCAGGCAGGAGGUACAGGGUGUUCCCUGAGGGGACCCUAGAGUUGCGGAGGGUGACAGCAGAAGAGGCAGGGCUAUAUACCUGUGUGGCCCAGAACCUGGUCGGGGCUGACACUAAGACAGUUAGAGUUGUGGUUGGCCAUGCUCCCUCCCAGUCAGGCAGGGACAAGGGACCAGGACUGGAGCUCCGUGUGCAGGAGACACACCCAUAUCACAUCCUGCUGUUUUGGGUGCCGCCACCCAACGUAGUCUCCACCAAUCUCACCUGGUCUAGCGCCUCCUCCCUCCGGGACCACGAAGCCACUGCUUUGGCUCGACUUCCCCAGGGCACCCACCGCUACAACAUUACCCGCCUCCUUCCGGCCACAGAGUACUGGGCCUGCCUGCAAGUGGCCUUUGCCGAUGCCCACACCCAGUUGGCUUGUGUUUGGGCCAGGACUAAAGAGGCCUCUCCUUGCCACAGAGCCCUGGGGGACCGGCCUGGGCUCAUAGCCAUCCUAGCUCUUGCUGUCCUCCUGUUGGCAGCUGGGCUUGCGACCCACCUUGGCAGAGGCCAGCCCAAGCAGGGGGUGGGUGAGAAGCCUCUCCUUCCAGUCUGGGCUUUCUGGGGCUGGAGCACCCCCUCUGUCCGAGUAGUGUCUGUACCCCUUGUCCUGCCCUGGAAUCCAGGGAGGAACCCACCCAGAGGCUCAAGUGAGGAGACGGUGUCACCACCGUUGUCUCAACAUUCCUGA